UUUGUAUUACCUUGAACCUCCUUAAAAUCGAAAAGAAAGUUAAUGCAAUUUAAUAAUUUAAACAAAAUCAUUUUAUUAAUACCAUGGCUUCUAAUGCUAAUACCGAAGAUGAAAAUAUAAUAUCGUCUGAAGAACAAGAAACUGAAACACUUCCAUCUAACGAAAAUACAGAAAUCCAACCUUUAUGCAGUCAAGAAACCGUUGUAAUUAGUCAACAAGAUGAAGAUUCUAACAGUAGCAACCAAUCAGUUAGCAAAAAACGACGACUUGAUGAAGAUUUUCAAGACGAUGAUGGUAUGACGUGUUCGAUUUGUUUAGAUAAUUGGACUAACAGUGGAGAUCACUCAAUAUGUAGCUUAAAAUGCGGACAUUUAUUUGGUCAUCAGUGCAUAAUGAGAUGGUUGAGUGAACAAAAGGUUUGCCCCACUUGUAAGCGGAAGGCUAGCGGUCACGAUAUUAGGUUUAUAUACGCCAGGAAAUUAGUUGCUGUCGACACGACAGACCUAACAUUAAUGAAAACUCAAUUGCAAUUGGCUCAGGAAGAAAAAAACAAGUUACAAAUGGAAUUAACAAAAAAUAUCUGCAGAGAACAUAGUUUGUUACAAAAAAUUCAGAAUCAAAAAGUGGUUAUUGAUGAAUUAAAAAAUAAAUUAGCCUAUCACGAACAAUUAACCAAAAGAAAUAAUCCAACGUAUAAUAUUUACAAUCGAAAUCAAGCAUAUAGAGAUCAAAUAAAACUGUAUAGAGAUAAAACAAUAGAUUUAGGUAAAGAUUGCGAAUCACGCGUUGUUAUCACAAAUAGUGGAUUAGAUUUAGCUGUAGUUUCAAGUAAAUCUCAAACAAACUUUUUUACCGGUUAUGGCAUUCGAAAAUACAACGUUACAACUUAUAAACCGACUGCAUUUAUCGGGUUACACACCGCAAAAAUUCGUGAUAUGAAAUUCCAUAACGAAAACCCAUGGAUUUUAACCGCGGCAAUGGAUAAAACGUCUACGAUCGUUGAUUUUAACAAUAAUAUAAAGGUGUUAUCAAUUUCUUGUGAUGCCCCUAUUUGGUCGUGUUGUUGGGAUCAAGACAUUUCGCCAAUCUUUUAUUUGGGUACAAAUCGAGGGAUGGUUUUAAAAUACGAUAUGCGUAAUCCAUCGCAAAUUUUGGAUACUCUAGAAUCACCGGGUGAUAUGAGUCCGGUCGUUUCAAUUCAAGGAGUUAAACGCGCAUCGAAUCAAACAAAACAAGUUGGGAUUUUAUCAUGUAAAUUAAGAACAUUAUGGUUUUUUACUUACGAUGAUUCAAAGUACGCAGCGCAUCCUUUACCGAUUGAGGGACCCUUUUCUUCAAUGACUUAUGAUACCAUAACCGGACAUAUGUUAGUUUCAGCUCGACCGAGUGAUAAAAAUAAAAGUUUAAGACAUUUAUAUUGUACGUUAACUAUGAAGGAUGAUGUAAUUGGAUGUAAUGCUUUGCAUACUAUUAAUGGGGGUUACCGACAAACCGUUUUAUCAAGAUCUCAUCUUUUUAAUAAUUAUGGGCAGUAUGCUGUCGCUGCGUAUGUUGAAGAUACUAAGACUACAGAUUUGUGGAGCUUAAAUUCGGGGAAGAAAAUGGGUGGGAUUGCAGUUUCUGAUUAUGUAUAUGAUAUUUGUAGUGUCCAAUCUGGAAAUAAUACCGUUUUAUUGGCUUUAACAGGGUCAAAGUUGGAGUUUUUCAAAUUUAGUUAGAACAAAAACAAUGUUUUCCUAUUAUUAUUAUUAUUUGUCUUAUUUAAAAAUAAAAAAAAGAACAGUUAUAAGUUGUUUAUUGGAAUUAUGAUGUUGAAAGCAGACAAUGAAGACUUUUAGAUUCUA